GUUUGUGGGCCAGAAUCUGAUGCGUCUGCAGAAGCUGGGCGUGACCCACAUUCUGAACGCGGCGGAGGGCAACUCCUUCAUGCACGUCAACACCAACGCAGAGUUCUACGCUGGCUCGGGCAUCACCUACCACGGCAUCCAGGCCAACGACAAGCCGCAGUUCAACCUCAGUACAUUUUUUGAGGAGGGGGCGGACUUUAUCGAGAAGGCUCUGGCACACAACAAUGGCAAAGGUGAGACUGAUCACUCUGGGUUCUCUUUUACCACAGGAGGCUGGUGAGGGGAGGACGGCUCAUAGUAAGGGAUGGAAUGGAGUAAAUGGAAUGGUAUCAAACACAUGAACAUGUUCGAUAUCAUUCCAUUUAUUCCGUUCCAGCCAUUACUAUGAGCCCGUCCUCCCCAAUUAAGGUGCCACCUGUGGUGUUACUGAGCUGUUUGUUAGACUAAGUGACAAUCAGUUUGUCAUUCCAUAGUGAUGUACACUGAAGAGGCCCAGUUCAAUUGACUUCAGGACAUGGUUGACUGAGGUGAAUUGAUGUGCCUUUAGCAUUGGUCUCUGUCUCUCUGCUACAGUAGGUUGUCUGAUGUAAAGAAUUGGGGAACUUUAUUUUAAGGUAUCUGUUUCUACAGGUAUUUACUUGGUAUUAGCUAUUAUUGUGUAAUUACCAUUUCACCAUGUAAUUUAGAAGCCAAAUACCAGAUUUUUUUCUGUACUGUAAAAUAGAGUGCCAAUCGCCCCUUUAUAGGGAAGCAAGGUCAAAGAGCAAUAUGGUUUGUUUCCUCUCAGUUGUUUUUUCUCAUUUCAAAAUAUUUGUUCACUUGGUUAAAACUGUAGAAAAACUCUUGUUGCUCCAAGUCUGUUAAGAGAAGAGGAGUAACUGUCCUUCAGGGUAUAAAACGUUUAAUGAUGCAUUCUCUAUCCCCAGUUAGAGAUACACACAUUGCUAUAUCAUCGGAUGUUUCCAUCAGUUGAAUGUUGUGAGAACAUUGCACUGGUCAUAGAUAGAUCUAUUGUAUCAAACCAGACACUCCACUUUUUUCCAUAGAGAGCAAGCACAGACACCAGUUUGGCACAUGUAAUAUUUCCUCUGCUCUGUGUUCCAGUAGAAAAUGCUUAGAAGAUGUCACUUCAAGAGGGCCAUUUGAUGUGAUGAAUGACCAUGACACUGUUUGAAACGUAUUGCAUUGAACAGCACAUUGAAUGCGUUUCACGGUACUAUUUGAAAUAUGUGUCUUGAGAUUUGUAACAGCGCACCAACCAACACAAAACAAAUGGAAAUCUAGCAGGGAAGUGAACAACAAAAGAUGAAGGAAGUGCCAUUCACUUCAACCAAAACCCUCUAACUCAUAACAGCCUCUGUAGACCGAAAGAACAAGAACUGCCAUCUGACUACAGCUCUGGCUCCUCUCUCCCAAAAUGUUACUGGGGUGUUGACAUACCCUCGGGGCCCAUUUAAUUGGAGCACUGAACCCUGUGUUUUCUGGAAUUGAUUUAAUGUCAUCUUUUGACACAGCGGAGCAAUUAUAAAUCAUCUUAAUUCCCGGCCAAUUUGGCAGCAGCAGCGUCUACACCCCAGUCAAUCACAGUGGCUACAGGAGUGGAGGAAGAGGAGGAGGACACUCCUCUUUCCAACAAGCCGUAACACCAGCUCACUCUGGUGGAUGUAGUGUCUUGCUGGAACUCAGUGACAUUUUGUGACCCCCUGCCGAGCUGUGCAAAGGUCAGGGAUGGAGCUUGUGCAUGUGCCUCAUCAGCAGGGUUGUGCUUGUGAGUGUGUGUAUUGACUGAGUGAGCGUGUGUGUGUGUGUGUGUGUGUGCGUGGGGGGAGUGAGUCAGUGAUUAAGUGAGUGUGUAAAGCGAUGAGCACCUGAUUCCAUGUGCAUGUUAUCAGCGUCUACAGUCAGCCCUGGAUUGAUCGGCGGGAGGCAGGUUGGGGAUUGGACAGAGGUCACUUAAAUGGCAAGAGCCUAGCCCCCGAGACGCUGGGAGCGGUGUCAGGUUUCAAACACACUGCAGAAUCGGCAGAUCUGAACUGAGCACGAGCAGAUCGGCUUCUCAGUGAAGUUGGCACGGUGAAUUCCUCCUGGGGAGUAGGGAGGUCGAUUAGGAAUACAGGAGUUGAGGAGGGGGAUGUGGAGGUGUAUUUAUGCACACACACACACACACAGUCUACAUAUCCACACUUACACACACACACACACACAGUCUACAUAUAAACACUUAUCUGCCGCAGAGGUCAGGCCCUGGAUUGGCAUCUCUCUGGCUGAGAUGCUUCGCUGGGCAGGUUUAUACGGAGCAUCUGUUUCCUCCCACCUUUCCUCCCUCCUUUCCUCCCUGUACCUCACUGUGUCUUCCCCCUCUCCUUCCUUUUACUCCAGUCUUCGUCAGAAUCCCAAUAGCCAGAAAUGGUCUCCUUUCAUUGUGUCCAUUCCUUCAAGACUACUGAUCUGAAAGGAUUUGAUGGGUUCAAGCAGUAUAGUGGAACCCUAUCCAGUCCUCUCAACUAUCAGUGUUCAUGAAGGAAAGGAGUUGAGUAAAGGGGGCCGUUGAGGAGAAUUGGGACGUAGCCCUAAGUCUCUGUCUGUGUCCAUCAGGGAAGGUGUACGUCCACUGCCGAGAGGGCUACAGCCGCUCGCCCACCAUUGUCAUCGCUUACCUCAUGCUGCGUCACAAACUGGACGCCCGGGUGGCGGUCGCCACAGUGAGGCUGAAGAGAGAGAUCGGCCCCAAUGACGGCUUUCUGCACCAGCUGUGCCAACUCAACGAGAAGCUGGCGAAAGAGGGCAAGUUGAAUGGGGUGAUGCCAGUCGUGGCUGCCAGGUUAAAGACA